AUGCCAGACUAAAUAUAAUACAUGAAUGAUUUGAUCAUAGAUUAACAUGGCUAUGUUGUGUUGCCAGUUAAAUUGGAUAAAUAAAUCAAAUACUACAUAAAGAUAGAAUCUCCAAAUAUAGAUAUGAUUACGUUCAGUGAUUAUGAAUUCUAGAUUCAAUAAUUAUGGUAGAGACUGACUUACUAAUUGAAGGAUUUGAAGAAUGAGGAGUUCUUAAAACAAAUGCUUGAAGUGAAUUCACCAAAUAAGUUAUACAUUCAAUUAGAUGGAGAUGGAAACAUCAGAUAUUAGAGUUGCUGUAUACCUGAUUCUUGGUAUUUCAUGUUGAUCAAGGGAGGUUCAUUGGAAGAUCUCUAAUUGGAGUAAGUGAAUAAACAGAGUCUCAUACAAAAAAUGUAGGAAUUGAAGUCUUCAGUAAAAGGAGCUGUUAGUGUUUGCUAGAUUUGUUUUGGUGAUAAAGCAGUCGAUGUUGAUCUAUUUGCCAAAAGAAAUGAGGAAGAUGAGAUUACUGACUAUUACAUAGUGUUUAAUGCACCAAAAAAGAAAUUUGAAGAUGAUCAUCGAAUAUCUUCUUAAAUGUCUAGUGAAAGCAAACUGCAAGAAUUGAGCAAGGCAGCUUUAAUCAAUAUUAAAAUGGAAAAGCUAUCUAAAGCAUGCAAUGUGAUGAGGGAUUAUCUUAAGGUUAAUUUGACUGAUGAGGAAAUCAUUGAUUUACUGAAAGAGAAAGACAUUCUCAAAGAAGUCUAUAACCAAUAAUCAAUCACUGAUGAUAUCAGAUCAUCUUAUGUGAUGGAAUAUUAUAAGGCUGAGCCAUUGAAUCCAAUGAGAGAUCCAGUAUAGGGAAGCCAACAAUAUAUAAUUGAGUCAGAACUCACAAACAUAAAAAAAUUCGACCUUUAUACUCUAGAUGCCAAUGAUAUUUCUAAUCUUAGUGAUUAUUCAUUUGACAUCACUGUUGUUUAGGAUAAAAAUGAAUAACUACGGUAUACUUGGGCACUAUUUCAUUUGUGUAAUUUCAUAGAUCUUUAUCAAAUCAACAAAGAAGUAUUCUAUUAGUUCACUGUGAUUGUCCAAGAAAAAUAUAGUUAUCGACAGAACCCAUUUCAUAACUUUGAUCAUGGUUUCACUGUUGCCCAUGCUUGUUAUUAUAUCAUAAAGAGUAAAAGCAUGAAUCAAUAUUUUGAUAAAUUCAUAUAAUUUACUGCUUUGCUGUCUGCUCUUUGUCAUGAUAUUGAUCAUACAGGACGUAACAAUCAUUUCGAGAGUUAGAAAUUAUCCAAAUUAGCAUUAAGAUAUAAUGAUGAAUCCGUACUAGAAAAUCAUCAUGCUUCUGUGAUGUUUAAGAUUCUUUAAAAAGAAAAAUAUAAUAUUUUGAGUUCUCUUAGUUAGGAUCAAUUUUAAAUCUUUAGAAAAUACGCCAUUGCCAAUAUUUUGGGCACAGAUAUGAAGAAACAUUUUGAAAUCGUUAAACUAUUGGAACUCAAAUUAUCCAAGCUUCCAGAUGAACCAUUUAUUUAAAAGGAAGAAGAUAAAAAGUUCUUAUCCAGUGCUAUUAUUCAUACUUGUGAUUUGACAAUGUAAUCUAAAACCUUCAAAAUGGCAUAGAAAUGGUCUAAUCGUAUAGCAACUGAAUUUUCAGAUUAAGUAGCUGAAGAGAAACAAUUAUCAUUACCUAUUACUCAGCAUUUCUUACCAUUAGGAACUCCAAAUUUCAAUUAACUAUUAGCCAAAUAAGAAAUUUCAUUCAUUAAGUUCAUUGUUAAACCUGCCUAUGAUUUAACAGCGUAAGUCUUAUAAACAGGUUUAGAAGUGCCAUUAAAGAAUUUAGAAGACAAUCUUAAAGAAUGGGAAAAUUAGAAAUGAUAGAAUUGUAUCAGUUGUUGUAGUAACGAUAAUAUUUUGUAUCC